AAUGCGUAUGUAUUAAAAAUAUCACUUCAAACAAAAAACAACAAUAAAAAUUGCGUGUGGCGUACUCAAAAUAUUUUCUCACUUCAAGUCUUCAACCUCGGCCUAACUGAAUUCUUACUUUUGCACUCUGUCAUGACAUUUGAAUUUGAUGAAGAUGGUCAGAACUCCAAUUUGUUAUCCCACUCUUCUUCUUCUUCUCCAACUUCAUCUUCAUCAUAUGCACUUAUGAACCAUGACCACAAGACAGGGACGAUUUGGACUGCACUUUCGCAUAUAAUAACGGCAGUGAUCGGCUCCGGUGUGCUGGCGCUGUCAUGGAGCAUGUCCCAGCUUGGAUGGAUUGCUGGCCCACUCACCAUGUUGGCCUUUGCUUCAGUCACCCUUACUUCUGCCUUCCUUCUCUGCCAUUGCUACAAAUCUCUUGAUGGCCUCCACACAAAUGCCUCCUACUUGGAAGCUGUUGGGAGGAUCCUAGGGAAGAGGAGCGCGUUGGUGUGUGGAGUUAUUGUACAGAUUAAUUUCAUCAAAGUAGGAGUUGUCUACACAAUAACAUCCUCCAUCAGCAUGAGAGCAAUUCAAAUGUCAAAUUGUUACCAUAAGGAAGGGCAUGAAGCUGCUUGUGACUAUGGAACCACUUAUUAUAUACUUAUAUUUGGGAUGAUUCAAGUAAUAGUUUCACAGAUACCCGAUUUCCGUAAUAUCAAGUGGCUCUCUGUAAUUGCGGCAACCAUGUCAUUUGCGUAUGCUACUAUCGGAUCAGCACUUGGUCUGGCCAAAGUAAUAGAAAACAGAGAAAUAAGAGGGGACAUCGAAGGAGUCCCUGCUUCUAAUACUGCUGAUAAAGUAUGGUCAGUUGCUCAAGCACUUGGGGACCUGGCCUUUGCUUUCCCUUUUUCUGUUAUCUUUUUAAAUAUAAUGGAUACCCUGAAGUCAAGUCCACCAGAAAAAGUCAUAAUGAAGAAGGCAUCUAUAAUCGCAGUCUGCAUCACAACUUUCUUCUACAUGUCCUGUGGAGGAUUCGGCUAUGCAGCUUUUGGAAAUUCAACUCCCGGAAACCUCUUGACUGGGUUCGGAUUUUAUGAACCAUAUUGGCUCAUUGAUUUUGCUAAUGCAUGUGUUGUUGUUCAUCUUAUAGGAGGGUAUCAGAUGUUCACUCAGCCUCUAUUCGCAAGCGUUGAGGGAUGGUUUGUGAGUAAACUCCCCCGUGGUGAAGUAAAAGAAACACCGUCUCUGGGGCUGUUUCUUGCGAAGCUGUGUUUCAGGAUUGUUUACGUGGGUCUCACCACAAGUAUUGCAUAUGUGUUUCCAUACUUUAACCAAGUUGUGGGGCUAUCUGGAUCGAUCGUGUUUUGGCCUGUGGUUGUAUAUUUCCCAGUUGAGAUGUAUCUGGUGCAGAAAAACAUUGGGCCUUGGACAACCAAGUCGCUCCUUCUUCGACUCUACUGCUCUCUUAUCUUCAUUGCCAUGGUCUUCGCAUUUCUUGGAUCAGUGCAAGGGCUCAUAGCUGCAAAGCUUUCUGCUUGAGAUUGAACCAAUUCACAACUGAAUAUAUGUAAAUGUUGCAUUGUCUUUCAUUUUACCUAUGUGCCGAUAUGAACCAGAGCUUGCCAUGAUUUGCUUUCUCAAAUAAACAAAGCUUCGAAAUA